AAACUACUGCAAAGAAGAUUGUUUAAAAUCAAAUAAUCGGAUUGAAAGCACUAACUUGCAUACCCUAUAGUGAGUUUAUGUUGUGUUAAGAUGUUAUCAAAGUAAUGUGGUGAGAUUUCACUGCUUUGUGAUUACUGUGAUGGAAGGAAAACCACCCACCACCGUUAUUUGUGGUGGAAACCACUACUGCAAUAAGCUGUUUUGCAUGUUUUUCUCCUUUUUCAUAGAUUUUCAUGCUCACUUUUACAUUUACAUUUAUUCAUUUGGCAGACGCUUUUAUCCAAAGCGACUUACAAAAGAGGAAAACGUAAGCGAAUCAUCUUAAGGAGACAGUGGUAUGAAAAGUGACGUAUUACAAAGUUUCACUAGCAUCAGAAUAGUAUUCAAAACAGAAUAAAGUGCAACAGGAAUUUUUUUUUUUUUUUAAUGACUGGUUAAGUGCUCAUGGAAAAGAUGUGUUUUUAGUCGUUUUUUGAAGACCGAGAGUGAGUCAGCUUCACGGAUGGAGUUGGGAAGGUCGUUCCACCAACGUGGUAUGAUGAAGCUGAAAGUCCGGGAAAGUGUUUUGGUGCCUCUUUGUGUUGGUACAACAAGGCGACGGCUUCUAGUGGGCGCGUAGCUCUGCAUAAAUGAUUUUAGAUAUGCUGGAGCAGACCCAGUGACUGUUCUGUAUGCCAGCAUCAAAGCCUUGAAUUUGAUACGUGCAUCAACUGGAGAGAGACAAGGAGUGGUGUAACAUGCACUCUCUUUGGUUCAUUCAAGACCAGACGUGCUGCUGCAUUCUGGAUCAUUUGCAGGGGUCUAAUUGCACAUGCAUGGAAGCCUGCAAUGAGAGCAUUACAGAAGUCCAGUCUAAUUAUGACAAGUGACUAGACGAGCAGUUGUGUGGCAUGUUCAGAGAGGAAGGGUCUUAUAUUUCUGAUAUUGUAGAGUGUAAAUCUACAUGAUCUUGCGGUUUUUGAGAUGUGGUCUGUGAAAUUUAGUCUGUUGUCGAUGGUUACCCCUAGAUUUCUGACCGAUUUGGAAGGUGUUACUGUAGUUGCACCCAACUGCACUGUGAUGUUGUGUUUAACAGCAGGGUUGGCUGGAAAGACAAGGAGUUCAGUCUUUGCUGGGUUGAGUUGCAGGUGGUGCUCCUUCAUCCAGGCCGAGAUGUCUGCCAGGCAGGCAGAAAUUAGAGCAGUCACUGUGGUGUCGUUGGGCUGGAAAGACAAGUAGAUUUGCGUGUCAUCAGCGUAGCAGUGGUAAGAGAAAACAUGUGCCUGAAUGAUGGGUCCCAGUGAUGUUGUGUGUGUGUGUAUAUAGAGAAGAGAAGUGGCCCAAGCACUGAUCCCUGAGGUACCCCAGUAAGUACCUGAUGAGGCUUGGAUACCUCACCUCUCCAGGCUACCUUGAAGGACCUACCUGAGAGAUAGGAGUUAAACCAGUCAAGCAUAGUUCCUGUGAUGCCCAGCGAGGAGAGGGUAGAGCGUAAGAUCUGAUGUUUGACUGUCAAAGGCUGCAGAAAGGUCCAGCAGAAUCAGGACGGAUGAUCUGGAUUCAGCUUUCGCCUGUCUCAGCGACUCGGUGACAGCCAGCAGGGCAGUCUCGGUGGAGUGUCCACUUUUAAAGCCUGACUGAUUGUCAUCCAGCAGCUUGUUCUGUGAGAGAGAGGCAGAGAUUUGAUUGAAAACUGCCCUUUCAAGUGUUUUUGCCAUGAAUGGGAUGAGAGAGACUGGUCUGUAGUGUUCUACUUGUGUGGGGUUAAGUGCGGGUUUCUUCAGCAGCGGGGUUACUUGAGCUUGCUUGAAUGUAGUGGGAAAAGUAAUUAUAAGCCUGUAAUUAUUCAGAAUUUCUAUUCUGUCUGCUGGUUCAUUAUUCGUUUCUUCUUCGAUAUCACAUAGGAACUCAUUCUCUUGUGUUAAUGUUGGCUAUUGGCAUUAUCGUCCAUUUGAUUAUUCAGUGCCCUCAGUUUAAAAGUGUGUGCUCACUUUGAAAUGUCUGCCAGUGUUCUUUGCCCUGUGCCUAUCAAACCUUUGAUGCAAGCAUUUUCAAGUAGAAUUCUUAUUGGGUCUAGAUGUUGGUUAUAUUGAUAUGUACAUUACCAAAAAUAACCAAAAUGCAUCAGUUUUGCAAGAACUGCGUCAGAUAUCCAGGGUUGCAGCUUAUCAAAGCAGAUGUCAAUUACAAAAAAAAAAAAAAAAAGGAAUGAAGACAAUCUUGAGUGUAAUGGCAGAGCUGACCUUUGUGUACAAACGCUUUCAAUUUAUGUCAUGAGUACUGAAGUGUGCACAUCAUAAACAUCUAUUUAUAUCGUUCUAAAGGGCAUAGGGCAUCCAGGGACAAGACAGGGGAUCUUAUAACAAUGCAGACUAGUAAAUGCUGGCAAUGAAGUACACUAGUGUAUUAUGUUAGUGUUUUCCCAGACAAUGCCUUUGUGGAAAUUGAAGGAACCAAGUGACAAGAAGGCAGUAUCAGCACUGUUUUAGUAUGACAAAUCAAGUGCUGACUGUGUGCAUGCAAUUCCACAGUUGAAACUUUCAGAAUUAUCGAGCAUGCAUUGAUGGAGCAUGUUCAGCAAGUUAAAUACUGUAAUGAAACAUGCUUUUGAAGAAUCUAAAGGGUGAUAGGUUUUCAAACAAAUCCGAACCUCUCAGUGGAAUUGCAAUCUUCUCUGACCAUCUUCAUGUACUUAUUUGUUUGUCCUUUUUGUCAAAUAAUGCUGCCUUUGUUUGCUUUUGUUGUGUCAAUACGGAAUCUGAUGGCAUAGAAAUAAAUGAAAAUAAAGUUGUAUAUAUUCAUGGUACAUUAUCUCUUCUCUUCAUUGGUCUUCACAUUGAGAUUGGCUUUGUAUGGUAAGACUAGCUGUUGAGUCAUGCAGAUAUGUUCUUUUUGUUUACUGCAUUUCUGCCUGAAAGAACAACCAAAAAAAUAAAAAAAAAUUCCUGUAAGAGAGCGUUUUUUUUUUUUUUUUUUUAAAGUUUCGGUGGAAAAUUUUCUCACCUAUAACAUGUCCCCUACCAAAACCACACUCGCCCCCUCCCCCACAACCUUUAAAGCCUGUGGUAAUGUUUGUAGGACAUUAUACAUUUAAUAUCAGCAUUAUCUCGAGAAGCAAAAUCUGCAGCUAUGCGCAAUUUUUAUAUUUUCACUCUUAUUGGAUUUCUGGUGGUCACGUGCCUCCAGUCUGGUGUAAUGGGCAACAAUGCUAAAACACCACAGGAAUGCUGUUUUAAAUUCUAUGAGAGACCAAUCCCCCCAAGUAAAGUUGAAUCUUACAUAGAGACAAAAAGCGAAUGUCCCAAAGCUGGAGUCAUUUUUAUCACAAAGAAGCCUCUGCGUAUCUGUGUGAAUCCUCAGUUAAGUUGGGUGAGGAAAAUCAUGCAACAAAUUGAUGAACGUGAUUUUGAAUGAUGCAGCUGGGACAACAGCCCUAACAUGCUCAAAGAAGUGAUUUCACUUGUUUCUUAACUGUUCAUUUAGCUCAGUACCCUAUUAUGAUCUUAUUCUUUGCUCCUAUAUCCCCUCAUUACAAAAUUAUAUAACUUUUUUUAUCAUUGUAAUUUGAUAUGUCAUGACAAAUAACUGCAUAAUGUUCCCUUUUGAGUUUGAUAUGCCAUAAUGUUCUGCUUUAAAUACCAAAAUAGUACGCCUACUGUAAAAUAAUACAUGUAAACAUACUAUAGUGGUUCAGUAUGUAAAUAUUGUAAAUCACCCUGAUCUUACUGGCAUUAUUGUAGGAAGAUUGUACAUUUUUAAUAUCACUUUUUUUUUUUUUUUUUUAGGAAAGUGUAUUAAAGAAAAUGCCUUAAUGUAAUUUUGUUGUACUUUGUAUAAAAACAACGUCUUAUAUAAUGCACUGAAUUCUAAUAAAGCAUAAGAGAACUAACAA